AUGUUUGUUUUUAUAUGCCGUGACUUUGUUUCUUUUUCCCCCUUUUUAUCUCUUUUUAUCCCUUUCUUUCUUUUUUUACUUUUUCAUUUUGAAUGCCCUUAUGUAAGUAAACGCUUCUUACUAAUAGAGGAUUGUCCUUGGCAAUUUCUCUCUUAUCAUUUUAUUUUCCUCUCCCUUGUUCUUUUCGUUUUAUAUCAUUUUUCAUUUCGUUUCAUUUACUAUUUUAUUUUACUUUUGUUUCAUUUACUAUUUUAUUUUACUUUUGUUUCUAUUUUUGUUUCCGCUGCUCACACACACACCCUGCUCUUCCAGUUGCAUGACAUCAUUACACACUAA